UUGUUUCGGUUCAACACGCGUGCCGAUAAGACGCGCGCCGCCGCUGUCGCUCCCACAGCGUACGCGUAGCGCAGAUCUUUACCUUUUGGUUUGCUUUCCCGCGCGGUGGGACGGCGGGCUGGUUGUAACCGAGGCAAAUAGACGGGCCCCGGCUUUGUGUGGAUAUCUUCUUCAUAUUCGGUCGGUUCGAUAUCAUCCCCCGGUGUUUAGUGGUGCCGUGCCCAGGUCUGCAGCAGUUCGCGCGCUUCGCUCCCUAGCAACGGGUUGGGGCGCAUGGGCGCCGUUUCCCGCAUUCAACCCCCACCGAUGCAACAGGUGUUUGGUGUGCGGCAGAGUGGCUAUGAUCGGGAUAUGAGCCGCGCGCACGUAAGUGAUAACGGCCGAUCGGUGACAUAGUGCAUAGUGUCUAAAUUUAUACCACCACCCGCAUCACUGCGUUCUGUGGGCUAAAGAGUGCUGUUAGCAGUGCCCAACAAAAUAAUGGCAAACAACAGGCAACCGUGUGUGUGUGUGUGUGUGUGCGUAUGUGCAGAGUGUGUCGUGUAGUGAUUAAUUCGUAACCCGAUAGCAUCAAAAUAGUUGCAUUGGGGAUGGUGAUGAUGGUAAUGCUGGUAUAUCGAAAAUAAGUGUAAAGUGCUUUACCCACCCAACCACAUCACUCACACGGAUCGAUUAAAAGUGUGCGUAGAGAAAAGGGCACUCUGUACUGCCGUUGUGUGCUAACACAGUAACGCGUUUCAGUGCUAGUUACAAGAGCGUUACAAAAGCGUUACGACAGUGGCUGCGUACGUGAAUUCUUCAGCAAAACGGGCAACGAAAUUGAUUGAAUCAAAACAGAAAGUGCAAGCCAUUUAAAGAGCGUUCAUCUUGCAUCGUCAACAAACCAUCAACACCACCACCACCAAAACAGACCAGUAGAUGCCUUUCGAGACUUAACUCAUUACCACGCAGCCGGAUAGAUAGUCAAUCCUUGGGGGGAAGACGAUCCAUUCUGGGUUUGAACCCAUGAGACGGGAAUGUUAUUGAGUUGUUCGAGUUGACGACUAUACCACGGGACGGCACUCUCUACACUACACUAUAUCCUUCUCUUUUCACAUUAUUUGCACUACAGUGUGACGUCAUGGCUAGUGGGCUGCUGAAGGUGGAGCCUCCCGCCAACAAUGGGACGGGGCUGGUCCCGGGACGGUUGUCCCUUAGCAGCGACAACCUGGCGACGGGCAGCCGGCUCGGCAAUGGCGAACGGGGCGGCUCCCUCACACCAAACCUUCCCUCGAUGGAUCGGCUCAGUGCGCCGAUACUGACGCGCCGCAAGUUCAGCUUCCCUGCCAACCUGCACUCGACGGCACUGCUCGGGUUCCCCGAGAUCGGUCACCGGGAUGGCUUCGGGAUGGGCGGCUCGUCACUGUCCGCCUCCAGUACCGCACUGUCCGCCCGGAGGCGGCUGAGCAACGUGAGUGACGUCGUGACACGCAAGCUCUCCAGCACGAUCGGCUGGAAGCAACCGGUCCUACCGUCCCAGGACAUCAUCACCCAGGGCAAGUGUCUGUGCGGGCAGUACAUUCGGUGCCGGUUGAAGCGAUCCGGUGUGUUUAACCGGAAGCUGGGGCUGCAGCGCAUCCGGAGCAUCGUCGGCACACCUUCGAUCCACGUCGUGCGGGAAGUUUUCCCCGCCCUGCUCAGCGUGGGUGAGGAACUGGAGCGUAUGUAUCCACGCAUCUACAACGGUAUUGCCCGCCAGCUUACUCGCUUCGGACGGGGCGAGCUCAAAACACCCGAAACCGCCCCGGUACUGCUGAGUGCGAUCGCGCGCGAUCUCUUCAAGGCGGACAUUACGUGGGGCAAGGUGGUGUCACUGUUUGCCAUUGCCGGCGGGCUUUCGGUGGACUGUGUCCGGCAGGGCCAUCCCGACUAUCUGCCCAAGCUGGUCGAGGGUGUGGCGGACGUGAUCGAGGACGAGCUGGUCACGUGGAUAUCGGAAAACGGUGGAUGGAUCGGACUGGCAAACAAAGUGCGACCACCGCAGGAAGAGAUCACGUUCACUGGCCGAUGUUUAGUAGGAGCGAGCUGUGUGAUAGGACUAUUUAUACUCGUCUUUCUGCUAAAGACGCUAGGCUUAUAUUUAUUUCCAAAUAUAUUCUCCUAAUUUUA